GGCAAUAAUGGCUGCACUAGCUUUUGAUCGUAUCCGGAGCCAUUUCUAUUCCCUUACUUUGUACAGUGCGACAAGUGAUAUUCGACAAGCCAUGCUCCCUUCUACUCUUUCUCCUCUAUCUGUAGAGAAAUCCGAAUGACCGGGGAAUACCUCCAACUUCUCCAUCUUCUCCAGCUUACAUAAAGCGUCUCUUAUCAUCCGUCCCAUCAUCAUUGCUUUCGCGCUCUUUGUUGAUUUGGAGGUCGCCAUGGAAGCCCCCGCAAAUGCUCCGCUGGUAGGUUGAGCAGUCGACUUUCUUUAGCAACGCUUAUCUAGGGCUGUUCUGUUCUAUUGUUGUCACUCCGGCAGAGCGGCGAUGUCGCUGUGGCUCGGCUCCGGCCGGCGAUCAGCAUCUUUCGCAGACAGCGGCGUAGGGUUUUCAAUGGGGCUUGAGAAGAGGAGAGUGGUUGCAAUCUCAGAGGAUGGGGAUGGCAGCGAGAAUAAUUCCCAUGAGAGGGAAGAUGUGAAACCGUACACGACAAUUCGCGUAUCGACAAGCAACUAUUUUACGCAGGAGGGAGAAACCCUACUGGUACAGCUACCGACGAGCAUGCAUCUCUGGUUCGGACAUGUGCGGUCUUAUCAAAUCCGGCCAAAUAAUCUUCCAAAGCAGGUUCUAAGCAUGAGAAGGGCUGGCGAUGCUAAUGUGGUGGCACAGUUUGUAGCACACUUCACUCGUCAAUUCAUUGAGGUGUGGAAGAAGAAGCAGCCGAAUGAAGGCACUGAGAAAAAAAUAGGGAAGCUUAUAGAAGAGAAUAUUGGGAAGGCAAUGAAUUUCCUCCAGUCAUCUGUGUCAUCUACGUUGAAGCUCCCUGAGCCCAACGCCCCAUUAUAGAACCCGGCUACACCCUGCACGUGCCCAUCAACUACUCCUAUACAGUUACUUAUAUGGUAUAUUAUUCUUCCCUUUGUCAUCUUCUGUUGACGCCCUCGGGAGCUUGAAAUUUUUAAGGCGGGAACAGAUAGCGAGACUUGCACAUCUUUUGCUUCAUAUUGCUUAUUAUUAUUACUAUUUACUCUUUUGUGAAGGAUUUGGUUGCACAGUACAGAGAGAUUGCUGAUUGCAAUUUAUAGAAUGUUUUGUAAAAUGUAUAUUUUGUGUUUGAAAGUGGUGGCUGCAGAUGAGAGAAAAAUGUCUGUUUUAUUGUUGUUUUCACUUUUUUUUUUAAGGUU